AUGGCUGACACGCACAACGUGACCUUUGAGACAGCAGAUGGUGAAGUUACAGCUCAUGAUCACAUCUUGAUGGCAACAUCCCCUGUCCUGAAAGCAAUGUUGCAGUCGACCAUGAAGGAAGGUUCGAACAAGAGGGUUCAAGUCAAGGAUUCGCCGAGUGCUGGGGUCUCGCUUUUUCUGGAGAUGCUCUACACGACGGCAACACGCACU